AGAACCCAAAACCCAAAUCCAAACACAAAUCCAAAAACAACCCAGGCAACUUUUUACUACAUACGUGUCCUUACUUAAAUUCGCCACCUCAUCCCAACUCAUCAGAACUGUCAACUUAAAUAACUAACAACCCCCCAUUUUUUCCCCUUCUCUUCAUCUUCUUCCACACCUGAAAAAAUCGAACAAUCCAAUCCAAUCCAAUCAUGCGAUUGAAAUUCGUGAUCUCAGUGUUCUUAUUAGUCUGGUUAGGGUUAGGGUUUGAUUCAAUUCACGUGGAAGCUUUAUCCGUACCGUUUCGUGCUAACGACGUGCUUCCGAUUUUGCCUCGUCAGAUAUCUUGGCCUCUGCUCAAUAAUAUUCACAGUGCACUUGAUUUAUUGCCGUAUUAUGUUGGCUCUUUAGCCCCUAAUAAUGGCUCUGUUCAGUGGAAAGGCGCUUGCUUUUAUGAAAACGAGGCUCGUAUUGACUUCACUGAGAGUGAUCGAGAGCCGUCCGAUUUAGGAGGCGGCGUUAUUUAUCUUAAGACAUCCGCGGCACACAGCUGGACGUGUAUGGAUUUGUAUGUUUUCGCGACUCCUUAUAGAGUUACAUGGAAUUACUACUUCUCUGCACGAGAACAUACUUUAGAGCUUAGUUCAUGGGAAGAAAAUGCUGAGAGGGACUAUGUGAAGCAACACGGAGUUUCUGUAUUUCUUAUGCCGUCGGGAAUGAUGGGGACUUUGCUUUCUUUAGUAGAUGUCUUGCCUUUGUUUUCUAAUACUGGUUGGGGUCAGAAUGCUAACUUAGCUUUUCUAAGGAAGCACAUGGGUGCUAACUUUGAGAGCCGUCCUCAGCCCUGGCAGGCUAUCAUUAAUCCUGAUGACGUUCAGUCAGGUGAUUUUCUGGCUAUGUCAAAGAUCCGCGGUCGCUGGGGUGGAUUUGAGACAUUGGAGAAGUGGGUAACUGGUGCAUUUGCUGGUCAUACAGCAGUUUGCUUGAAAGAUGAAAUGGGGAAUCUUUGGGUUGCUGAAUCAGGACAUGAGAAUGAAAAGGGUGAAGAAAUUAUAGCAGUAAUCCCAUGGGAUGAGUGGUGGGAAUUGUCUCUAAAAGAUAGUUCUAAUCCACAAAUAGCUUUGCUUCCUUUACAUCCAGAUGUGCGUGCUAGGUUCAACUCAACUGCAGCUUGGGAGUAUGCUCGGAGCAUGUCAGGCAAGCCAUAUGGCUAUCACAACAUGAUAUUUAGUUGGAUAGACACAAUAGCUGACAACUACCCACCACCUCUCGACACUCACUUGAUCAUUUCUGCCAUGUCCAUGUGGACUAGGGUUCAGCCAGCUUAUGCCGCAAAUAUGUGGAAUGAGGCUCUAAAUAAACGGCUGGGGACCGAGGGUCUGGACUUGUAUGAAAUUUUAGCCGAGGUAGGAAAACGCGGCAAAACCUUCGAUGAGCUGCUUACAGCACCGGAACAAGAUGAUUGGAUAUAUAGUGAUGGAAAAUCAACAACAUGUGUUGCUUUUAUCCUUGCAAUGUACAAGGCAGCUGGAGUUUUUAAUCCCAUUUCCAGCUCUAUUCAAGUUACUGAAUUUACUAUUCGUGAUGCAUACAUGCUUAAAAUAUUCGAGGAUAAUCAGACAAGACUACCAAUCUGGUGCAGUAAUGAUAACGGGCGACUCCCAUUUUGCCAGAUUCUCGGCGAGUAUUGGAUGGAAUUGCCUGAAUACAACAGUUUAGAGCCGUAUGCCAACAUGAAUGAAAACUGCCCCUCUUUGGCUCCCACAUAUGAGAGGCCUAAUCGAUGCUGAUAUGAAUCCAAGCUGUGUAAAAUUCUAUUGUACUUCAAGUUGAUAUCUUUUAGUUUGUAAAUACAACACUUAUUUCGUUUCCGCUUUCCACUCCAUAGACGCAAGGCUGUAUAUAAAUAUUACUCUAGUAACAUUUAAGCUUUUCACAGAACCCUGUAAGGGGAACUCAUA